GAACGAUGCGACGGGUGGUCGUGUCUCGCGUCACGCCCGAUCUCGCUCUGAACUUCGAAAUUAUUCUACGAAAUAAUAUGAAGUUUUCAAACAUAAAAUUGGGCAGAACUACCGUUUCCUUCGCAUCUAUUAGUGUUUAAUUCAUGUAAAACAUUGAGAAACGAAUAGUUUUAAGUCACUUGAAACUUAAUAGGCUUACUCGUUUACCUGCAUAGGUACUUCGUCCCACGAGCGAGUUGGUUGGUUACCUACCUUAUCGGAUAAACGAACAUUUUUUCAAAUGGAUGUGCGUUUGAGUUCUGUGAUAGUGUGCGUGUAUAGUGUGUUUACGAGACUCUGUGAGAGCGUCUUCAGAGUUGGUGACAAGUUUUUGCUAUAGUGACGUGAUAGAAAUUAUUAAUUGUAAGAAACAUGCACACGCGCAAGAGUGAGAUGGGCUUGCUUACAGCUCUACUGCUGUACUCUCUGACGGUGACGGCCGCACAGUAUACAAAAGUACGUGAUUACAAACACCACGUGACCAGGUUAAGGCAUUCAAGACACCUAGAGGGCUACAUGCCAAUACACACAGCCUACGUACCAGCCUCAUCACCCAAGCUGGCCGUAAAGGACAACCACAAGCCACUGUUCACAAACUGCUUGAACUACAGGCCCACGGUAAAAGAAGAGGCACCUGUGGGCACAUUCGUAUUCCAGGUACAUGCCGAAGAUCGGGAUCCGCCGGAAAUGGGCGGAACUGUCACGUACAAAUUCGUCUCCACUCCCGGUGAAAAGGAAAGAUUUCACGUCGAUCCCGCAAGUGGGAAUAUCACCACAGCGGACAUUUUUGAUCACGACGAGCCGUCCAGAGAGAAAGAAGCAUAUAUCACAGUGAGAGCGAGUGACAACGGCCAACCUCAACUUGACGAUGCGUGCACGAUUAAAAUCAUCAUUGAGGACAUUAAUGACAAUCCGCCUGUUUUCGAUAAAGUUUCGUAUUCGGAGUCAGUCCCUCAAGAUCUGCCGAGCGGAAGAGAGGUGAUGAGGAUAUCAGCAACAGAUAUAGACGAUGGAAACAAUUCAAUAGUAAAUUAUAAAUUAGACCCCAAUUCUCCGGAUGGAGCAUAUUUUAUUAUUGAUCCAGACAAUGGUGUCAUAUUUUUAAAUAAGACAAUUGAUAAACCGCCCGGGUAUAAAUUUAAACUGAGCGCCAUAGUCACAGACAAAGGCGUUGAGCAACAACAAAGUUCUAUAAGUUUAGACAUACAAGUUGUCGAAUCCAACAAGAAGAGCCCAUCAUUCAUAGAAGUUCCAGACGGACCCAUCAGAUUAAAAGAAAAUUACGCAGAUUUCAACACACCAAUAGCUACAAUAAGGGCGGUCUCCAACAUACCGGACGAGAACAAGCUGCAGUUCGAAUUAGUUCAAGGCCAAACAGAACAAACAAAUAAAUGGCAUACAUUCGUUCUGGAACCCGAAGCCGAUACAGCUUACGUUAAAUUAGGGAAUCACUUGGACUAUGAGAAGAUAACUGAUUACACCCUCACUGUGAGAAUACAGAAUAAUUAUAAAUUAGCAGCUGAAACAAUAAUCCAGAUCGAAGUGGAAGAUGUCAAUGACAACAUACCGAUAUUCAGCGAAAUCCGUUCCGGUAGUGUAUUAGAAAACGAGAAUCCUGGCACGCCCGUGAUGCAGGUGCGAGCAUUCGACGCAGAUGGGACCGCAGCCAACAACCAAGUCACUUACGAACUUGGAGACCCGUCAGACCCUUUCGCUAUAGACAGCAUCACCGGGAACAUCACAACCUUAAAGAUGUUUGACCGGGAAGAACGUAGCUUUUACAAUAUUAAGAUCAUAGCCACCGAUAAUUCUGAAUCAGCCCUUAUACCGGGGAAACACAAUGCAGGACAGCAAGUUUUCUUGAUUGAGAUCGCUGAUAAGAAUGACAAUCCGCCACAUUUCACGCAGCAAACCUAUGUUGCGGAGUCGAUUGCUGAGAAUGCUAAUAUUAAUGAACUCGUCACUGUGGUGAACGCUAGAGACAUUGAUACAGCUUCCAUAGUAUCUUACAGCAUCGUAGCGGGAAACACUUACGACGCCUUCUUGAUAAGAAAUUUCACAGGCGAAAUCAGAGUGAACAACGAAUUGGAUUACGAAAAUAUAACGAGUUACAGACUCGAUGUUCGAGCCUGCGACGGCAUAUACGAAGACAACGCUGUCGUCAUUAUAAACAUUGAGAAUUUGAACGACAAUCCUCCAGUUUUUGUUACAAAUUACACGAAAACCAUUGAAGAGGAACGGCUUUACGAAGGGUGUAUAGUUAAGGUUGAAGCCUACGACCCAGAUAUAAAAGAUAGAAACGCUCCACAAAACAUAAUCUAUUCCCUAGUGAAGCACGAACAGAAGGAAUUCUUGCAAAUUGACAAUGAGGGCUGCCUACGUUUAACCAAACCACUGGACCGGGACCAACCCUCAGGAUUCACCAGAUGGCAGUUCUUGAUUAUGGCUGCUGACCACGGAGGAAGAUUAGGUUCAGACAGCUUGAGGUCCACAACUGAAGUCAUUUUGGAACUGACCGAUAUAAACGAUAACGCGCCUUUCCUGACGAAUACUCAGCCGGUCAUUUGGUACGAGAAUGAGCCACCAGGCCAGGUUGUGGUGCUGACUGCGAAAGAUUACGACUCCAACGAGAAUGGCCCGCCAUUCACAUUCGCUUUGAACGAAUCUGCGUCUUUUGACAUCCGAUCCAAAUUCCAAAUACAAGGGAACAUCCUUUCUACAUUAGUAUCGUUUGAUAGAGAACAAAGAAAAGAAUAUAAGAUACCUGUAGCUAUAACCGACUCUGGCACUCCGAGGUUGACGGGUGUUUCGGUGCUACAUGUCGUCAUAGGUGACAGGAAUGAUAAUCCAAUGGGACCAGGGCAUAGUGACAUCUUCGUAUAUAACUAUAAGGGCGAGGCACCAGACACGGAGAUUGGUAGGGUGUUUGUCGACGACCCCGACGACUGGGAUCUACCGGACAAGAGGUUCAUGUGGCUGCCUUCAUACGAGCAGAGAAGCCCGUACUUCGACGUCCAUAGCAACACGGGCAUGAUAACAAUGAAAGAGGGAACCCCUAACGGCACCUAUUUGUUGAGAUUCAAUGUAACAGAGGAGAACGAACCCAUAGUCGCCUUCCAUUGGGUCGAGGCUACAGUCAAUGUGACGAUCAAGGAAAUACCAGAAGAAGCCGUGGACAAAUCUGGGUCAAUUCGUUUCGUGAACGUCACCGCUGAAGACUUCAUCAUACCCGAGGAGGAUGGUACCAGUAAAAAGGAUAAGCUCCAUCGUCGUCUAGCACAGCUGUACAACACUUCCUUGGACAACGUAGACGUCUUCACGGUAUUCAGCAAGCCGACUGUGAAAGACAUGUUUUUGGAUGUGAGGUUCUCGGCUCACGGCUCGCCUUACUACUCACCAGAGAAACUUGACAGCAUGGCGGUUGGGAUACAGGAGAAGCUGGAAGAAGAACUCCAAUCAAGAAUAUACAUGGUGCACAUCGAUGAGUGUCUGAUUGAGAAGGAGCAAUGCGAGGACUCAUGCCGUAAUGUGCUCAUAAAGAAUAACGUACCGCUUUCCGUGUAUACCAACACAACUAGCUUCGUUGGAGUCUCCGCGAGGGUCGAAUCCGAGUGCACGUGUGAUGUACAGGAGCCACUGAUUUGCUUAAACGGAGGUACUGCUUUUGCGGACAAGUGCGAGUGCCCCGAAGGUCUGAACGGACCUCAUUGUGAGCAGACAUCGAUCGGUUUCCAUGGCGACGGGUGGGCCAUGUAUGCACCGCCUCCCGCGUGCCACGAGGGCAGGGUCACCCUGACCGUGACCUCACAUUCCAAAAAUAGUCUUGUCUUUUACAUGGGGCCUCUGAAGCACAAUCCGUUGUUGAACGUUCAAGACUUCAUGUCUUUGGAGCUGAAGGAUGGUCAUCUGCUGCUGCUCGUGAACUACGGCUCGGGUAUAACGCGACUAAACAACACUGUCGUGGAGGUGGCCGACGGAAAACCUCAUUUAAUAGAAAUAGUGCUCACAAGGAACUCGAUCGAGAUGUUUGUGGAUCGUUGCAAACUGUCCACCUGUAUGAGUCUGUCGGCUCCUAUAAGGCCCAACGAAAUACUUAAUGUCAACGGUCCCUUACAACUCGGCGGAGCUAGCAUCGAUCUGGAAGCGUUGGCUCAAUCGUUCGGCUGGUCCAUGGUCCCGACUAACCAGAACUUCAUCGGAUGCAUAAGCAAUUUCACGUACAAUGAUUUUAUGUACAAUCUUGGCCAGCCGUCUAUGCACAAGAACGCCGAUCCAAGCUGUCAGAGAAGCAUGUUCACGGCUGUCACAUUCGGAAUAGACGCCAACUUCCUAGUAGCCAUAUUGGUGUGCAUCGCUAUUUUAGUCAUUUUGCUGUUAGCGGUAGUGGUACACCGGCGUCGCGCCGACGCGUGGGCGGAGAAGGAAUUGGACGAUAUAAGGGAGAACAUCAUCGCCUACGAAGACGAGGGCGGCGGCGAAGGAGACGCCGGAUACGACCUGCAUGUCCUCAGACAAAUGUACGACGGACCGCCCCCAGAUACUGGCGCUUACCAACAAAGAAGGCUACUAUUAGAGACGACACCGGACAUAUCAGGGUUCCUGGACGAUAAGAAGUCGGUGUUGGAUCGCGAUCCGGACAUCAUUCCUUACGAUGACGUCAGACACUACGCGUACGAAGGUGACGGCAACACCAGCGGGUCCUUGUCUUCGUUGGCCAGCUGUACCGACGACGAAGAUCUGAAAUUCAACUACCUAUCGACAUUCGGUCCUCGAUUCCGCAAGCUGGCCGACAUGUACGGCGACUCCGACGACGAGAGACAACCGCACGAGGAGUCGUGGUGCUAGCGCCACGCUUGGCUCGUGUAGCCAGACAAACAUCACCCCUAUGUGACUUGGAUUUAAGGGCGAAAACGCCCAGUGUCAGUACUUGGUGGACGCGAAAACGCGACUAAAUUGCGAUUUAAUGCCAAGCUUCAAGAUGCCUUACCGCUUAACCGCGUUUCGAUUUCGACGGGUCGUGUUCCUCGUCGAUGCUCGUGUGACAUUAUGGACCCCACCGUUUGAAUUUUUGAAUAGGAAUUGUUUAAAGGGCCUGUGAUAGUUGUUCAAAUGAUUUUAAACAUUCGUGGUUCGCUUUAAGCCACUGAUGCAUUCCGUGUAGUCAGUCUCUAUCGUUUUGUUUCUUUUUCGUAAAUAACCGCAUUGAACUGUGCGCUUUAGUGACGUUGUGAGUGUUUGAAAUGUUCCGUGCGCGACAUGAACUUGUCCAAUAAUUCGAGAGUUUUCUCUCUAAUUUAGACCAUAAAUCAGACGUAAAAUUUCUCGUGUGAACUAUUUAUAGAUAUUUGUCACAUUAAUUAAUUAUGAACACAAGGCAAAUUUAAAAAAAAAUGAGUCAGUUAACGCAUUUACUGAGAUUUUUGUCUUGAGUUAAAUUUUGAGGGUAGGCGAUAAAAAACAUUAAUUAAUGCGAGAAUUAUCUAUGAAAGGAUAAGUAAAUAGAUAUCUGAUGUACUUAGUUGAGUUUAUGUGCUUUUUUUUUUAAAUAUAAUAUUUUAAAAAUCAUUCUGCUACCCGUCCAAUUUAUAUUUUGGCCCAAACGUUCGAGAAAUAUGUAUGCGAUUAUAAGUUUGUACAUUUUACGUGUGACUGAGAAUUAUUUGCAAAUUAUAAAUCAGAAGAAAUUUGUUAAGAAACUUGCAUUUUUUACUAUGGACUUUUUUAAGGGUUGAAUUGACACUGUCGAACAUGGAUUGUUCACGGCCCUCGAUAAACUUUGAUCCGAUUUAGUAUUACUAUACCUAAUACGUGUGUGGUGUAUGAUUAGGAAUUAGAUUGACGAAGCUUUUACUGGUGGUAGGGCGCCUUGUGAGCCCGCACGGAUAGGCACCACUGCCCUAUCUAUUUCUGCCAAGCAGUAAUGCGUUUCGGUUUGACAGAUGAGGCACUCGUAAAAACCCAGACUUAAGUUUCAAGGUGGAUGGCGGCAUUUACGUUGCCGAUGUCUAUGGGCUCUACCACUUAAUUCUAGAUAAGCCUUAAGAUCGUCCUCCCAUAUAAGAAAGAAAAAAAAAACAAAUAUUUCAUUCCACUUUCGACAAUUUAGGCACGGUAUAAGUUUAUCGAUAGUUGUCGACAAUUAUCUUUCCCAACUCUAAGUCCAUUAAUAAGCGGGGUGUCACUAAACCUGUGGUACCGCACUAGGUUUGUAAAGUCGUAGCUGAUUUAAAUAAGUUUUUUUAAGAAACAAAAAAAAAAACGACUGAUUCGAAAACGUUGUUUUAGGCAUCGUUUUAGAUACGCCUAAAUUAUUUCUUGUACGUAAAUUUUUAUUAUAAUAAAUGUAAGGUAUGUCGACAAGUUUAAUGCUAAUUUCGUGUUUAAAAUAUAUAAAUAUAUUAUUUUUGUACUGUGACAGCUAAAUGAUUUUAUUUAUGAAACGUAAUAAUUCAAAUCGGAGUUGUUUAGUGCAACAGCGCUUAGUAUGUUUAGUGCCAUUUAUGUUAUUUAAGUGUAUAACACCGUUCGAUGGAUGCCUCUCACAUUUUCUGUAUUUAAUGAAAUUAAGCCCUAAGUUCAAGUCAUAACAAUGGAAAUGAGAUGAACAUUUUUUUUUAAUAUUUUCCUUUCCUUAACUUUAGUGACAUUAAAGAAGUGUUAUUUCUUAUUGAAUAAUUGUUUAAAUUCACUAACGCUCAUACUUGGAAAUUUCUUUUGGAAAACUAACAAUAAGAGCUAAUAUAAAAGUCCUCAGUUCAACUUAUAUUAAUAAAAAUAAGUGUCACUAAUGUCAACAUUAACAUUAGUGACAUAUAAUUUCGCAACGAUUUCCAUUUGAAAAUUUUGAAAUUUGCGGUUUGUUUAAGUGCGACAAUGCUUAAGAUAAGAUCUCCGUGAACACUAAAACAAAAGCAAUCGGAAGCCCAUGCGUUAAAUAUAUUAAAAAUAAAACCUUUAUCCCGAUUCCUUUCAAAAGUGAUUAUUUCAAAAGUAAAUCUGAGCUUGUCUAAUGACUUGAAAUACUAGACGAUGACCGAUUUUUUUUUGAUAACGCCAUCUUGUUGUGUCUUUAAAGCGGUUAGUUGCCCUCAAUUAAGAAAAAUAGUAUUAUUA